AUGGAACACCUCGACCUAAUUUCUGACAAGGCAAUAGCCGGUGUCUUCAAUCCGGGCGGUCAUUACAAAGAUCCUCCACUUGCAGAAUCAGAUCCUACUGUUGGUUACAAACUCAAUCAUACGAUGAUGCGCAUCAGGAACCCGAAACGCUCUCUACACUUCUACAUCGACUUGGUGGGAAUGCGGACCAUUUGGACCAUGAAUACUGGACCAUUCACUAUCUACUACCUUGCCUAUCCAUCAACGAAGCAGGACCGAGCUGACCUCACAGAUUGGGCUGCAAAGACAUUUCAAGGGAGUGGCCUCUUACAUAGUAGGGGUCUCUUGGAGCUAAAGCAUAUCCAUGGCUCGGAAAAGGCUAUUGAAGCCGGUGGCUACGAGAUGACCAGCGGCAAUCACCCACCAAACUUAGGGUUUGGACACUUGGGUUUUACUGUUCCAGAUGUCAUGGCUGCAGUGGAGAGAUUGAGAACGGCUGGAGUCCGGGUUGUCAAGGAACUUGGGUCUCAUGGACGUGUGAGUAUCCCUCUGACCGAUUGGGAAAGACAACGUGGCGUGGGGGUAGAUGAAAUGGCCCAAAACUACAAGGAGACGCUGAAGCAAGUUGCUCAUGUUGCGGAUCCGGAUGGGUAUAUAAUCGAGCUGGUCCCCCAAAUGUUUGACUGA